CCGAGCCUCUCUCUUUGGCAUCCUCUUCUUGUGUUACUCUUCCAUCUCUGUAGUUAAUUUUUCCAGCAAAUUAAUAUCUCUCCACCUGCAUACUUUCAGCUUUGAGCACUGAGAAGUCAACUAAAAAUUAAGCAGUGAAGAUCAUUAUUUCGCAUCCUCUUCUUGUGUUCCGUACUCUUCCAUCUCUGUAGUUAAUUUCCAGCAAAUUUCUCCACCCGCUUUCAUCUUUGAGCAUUGACAAGGAAACCUUUUUCAUCCAUGGAGAUUUUAUCCUUUGUUGGAAGUUCUCUUUUAUCUACUACGUAUGACAUGCUAUCAGAAAAGUUGACAGGAUAUCUAAGUGAUCAACUCUGGGAUUCAAACAAGGAAGUACGUGCCCAGAUGGAAAGUUGGAAGACUUUAUUGCUCAAAAUCACUAUUGUACUUCAACAUGCAGAAGAAAAUCAAGUUGCCAACCAAUUUGUGAAGUCAUAUCUUGAUGAUCUCAGGGACUUGGCUUAUGAUAUGGAAUACAUACUUGAAGAGUUUGUGAUUGAUGCAAAGGGGUCCAAAUUGAUUGCAGAAUCUGAAGUUAGACCUAGCAAGCGGCAAAGACUCAUCUCCAGUGUGAAGAGUUUAUUUAGCUCUAAUAAGGCUAAUACCAAUCAAGAAAUUGAUUCCAUGGUGAACUCUCUAAAAGAUAGAUUGGAGCAAAUAGAAAAAGAGAUGCAUACUUUGGGCCUGAUCAAUUUGACUAUGAAAGCUGAAGAUAAGCCUCGCAAAGUAGCUAGUGAAAGACUACUUGAGUCUUCUCUUCUAGAAGAUAAGGUGUGGGGUCGAGAUAGAGAAAAGGAAGCCAUUCUUGAUUUGGUCAAAGAUGGAGGCAGUAGUCUCGAACAAGACUUUGUUAUUCCCAUUGUUGGAAUGGGUGGACUAGGUAAGACAACUCUUGCUCGACUCAUUUACAAUGACAAAAGAUUGGAAGGUAGGUUUGACUUGAAAGUGUGGGUUUGUGUUUCUGAUGAGUUUGAUAUUCCUCGAAUAACAAGAAAUAUUUUAGAACAUGUAACAGGGGAAAAGUGUGAUUUUGAAAAUUUUGCUUUGCUUCAAGAGAAAUUGAAAGCGAAGCUAUCUGGGCGCAAGUUUUUUCUUGUAUUGGAUGAUGUUUGGAAUAAGGAAUAUGGCCAGUGGGAUGUCUUGAAGAGACCUUUCAUGUCAGGAUCACCUGGAAGCAAAAUAAUUGUCACAACUCGAAAUAAGGAUGUUGGGACGAUAAUGAGAGGUGAUGAUGGAGUUUACAAUUUAGAUUUGCUACAAGAUGAUGCUUACCUUCAAGAUGUUGGUGAGAAGCUAGUUAAGAGGUGCAAAAGAUUGCCAUUGGCACUAAAAACACUCGGUGGCGUCUUGCGGGGAAAGCUGCAUCGUGAUGAGUGGGAAAAUAUAUUAAAUAGUGAGAUAUGGAAUUUAUCAGAAGAUAGAAGUGGAAUUCUUCCUGCUCUGAGAUUGAGCUACAAUCAUCUUCCUUCUUACUUGAAGCGAUGCUUUGCUUAUUGUGCUUUGUUCCCUCAAGACUAUGAAUUUGACAAAAAGGAGUUGGUUUUGUUAUGGAUGGCUGAGGGCUUAUUACAGCAACAGUCACAUAGAAAGAAGCAAAUGGAAGAGGAAAUUGGUCAUCAAUAUUUCCAAGAGUUGCUAUCAAGAUCACUCUUUCAACAAUCAAGCAGGGUUGAAUCGCAGUUUGUGAUGCAUGACCUUAUAAAUGAUUUAGCGGUAGAUGUUGCUGGAGAAAUAUAUUGCAAUCUUGAACAUAACAUGGGUAAUGGAAAAUUAGAGAAGGCUCGUCAUUUGUCAUUUACUCCACACGCUUAUGAAAUCUCAGAGAGAUUCACAGUCUUGGAUAAAUUGAAGCAUUUGAGAACAUUGUUGCCACUAAGAGUGCUCAGUGCUUACAACUUCUAUUUGUCUAAUAAAAUGUUGCAUGAUUUCCUACCAAUAUUAAAUUGUUUGAGAGUGCUAUCUCUUCGCAGCUAUCAGAUAAGCAAGCUACCAGAUUCAUUUAAAAAUUUGAAACACAUUCGGUACAUUGAUUUGUCUAGUACAAAAAUCAAAUGUCUACCUGAAUCAAUGGGUUCUCUUUUUUUCUUGCAAACACUGUUGUUAUGUGAUUGUAGCAUGCUUACUAAGUUGCCUAUGACGAUUGGGAAUCUAAUUGAUCUCUAUUAUCUUGAUAUAGAUAAAACACCAUCUUUAAAAGAGAUGCCAUCAGGAAUAGGUAAUCUUAAAAAUCUUGUAACAUUGUCCAAAGUGAUCGUGGGGAAGGCAAGUGGAUUCAUGAGAUUAUCUGAUUUGAAGAACUUUUCUCAGCUUCGAGGAAGACUGUCUCUUCUAGAUUUGCAGAAUGUUGUCGAUGUUCAAGAUGCUAGAGAGGCCAAGCUAGACAAGAUCCAUGGUCUGGAAGAGUUACUCUUGGAGUGGACUGCUUCUGAUAAUGAUGGAAAUGAUUUAGUCCUUGAAAUGCAGGUUCUCCAUUGGUUAAAACCUAAUUCAAAUUUGAAAAGUCUCAAAAUUUUUUGCUAUGGUGGUGAGAAUUUCCCAACUUGGGUUUGUGAUCCAUUAUUAUUUUUCAAGUUAUCAUCCAUGGUGCUCAGCAAUUGUAAGAGAUGCCCUUUGUUGCCUUCACUUGGUCUAUUACCUGUUCUCAAAGAAUUGAUUAUUGGAGGCAUGGAGGCAAUAGAAGCUGUAGGUUCUGAGUUUUAUGGGGAACAUAACUCUUUUCCGUCACUGGAGGUACUAGAGUUUAAAAACAUGUUAAAUUGGAAGGAAUGGACUUCUCCAACUGGAAGUGAAGGUGAAUUCCGUCGUCUUCGUAAGCUUGUGAUUAAAAAUUGUCCUAAGUUGUUAGGACAAUUACCCAGCAACCUUCCGUCACUUAAAGAGUUGGAUGUUAGAAACUGCAAUGCGAUGCUUUUGAAGAGUAUGGGUGAUUUCAACUCACUUGCUAAUUUGAGUAUUAGGGAAAUUUCAGAACUGACUUGCUUGCCUGAGAGUUUUACACAGUCCUUGGCAACACUUGAGACUUUGUAUUUUGAAGAUUGCAAUGAUCUUACUUGUUUGUGGGAGGAAGGGACGGAAAUAAAACAAAGCCUCUUGCCUUUCAAUCUUAAACAUCUUAGCCUUUGGGGAUGUAGGGCUUUGGAGUCAUUACCCGAUACAAUGAUGAUGAGGACGGAUGGAAGCAGUAGCAGCAACACUAGUAUGUUGAUGUCAAGGCUAGAAAAGUUGGAAAUUUAUGAUUGUAAUUCUCUGAAGUCUUUUCCAAGAGGCAAAUUACCCAUCACGCUUAAGUACUUGAGCAUAGCAAACUGUAAAGUUCUGGAGUCUCUACCGGAUGUGGACGGUGACAGUAAUAGUAAUCUACAUUUGAAAAUAAUGAAUGUUCCAUGUUUCUAUUCUCCUGAGGGUUGUCAUCAGCUACCAGCUUUUCUCAAGGAAUUUACAGUUCGUGAUGGGGGCGAGUGGUUGGAAUCAUUUCCAGAGAGGAUGUUGCAGCAUUGUACAGGACUCCAACGCAUUGAAAUAAAAGGGUGUAAGAUAUUGAAAAGUUUACCCACCCUUCAUUGCCUCAACAAUCUCGUUGAAUUAACUAUUCACAGCUGUCGAUCUUUAGUAUCGCUCCCAAAUACAAUGUACCAGGUGAAAUCUCUUCAAAGGCUAACGAUGAUGCGCUGCCCCGGCAUUGAGUUCAUUCCAGAUGGUGGUUUGCCCCCAAACUUAACACAUCUUGAAUUAGGACGGUGUGAGAAUCUCAAGUGUGUGCCGAAUACAAUGUACCAGCUCACAUUGCUUCAGGGUCUAUUAAUCCCAGGUGGGGCUUUGACGAUGGGAUUUGGACGGUGCCUCCAAAAUCUUACUUCUCUUCAACAAUUGAAAAUUGAGCAGAAACUCCCUGUGGAUGUUGUGUUGCCUUCUUCCUUAACCUCUCUUCAGAUCUGUGGUCAAGAAAAUGUGGAAUCCAUACCAAGUGGGUUCUUCCAAAACCUAGACUCCCUUAAAGUUUUUGAAAUAGUUCGUUGCCCAAAGCUGCGAUCUUUGCCAAGGGAAGGCUUACCUCCCUCACUUGGACGACUGGACAUCAGCCUUUGUCCGCUUCUAAAACAACAGCACUUUGAGGAGAAAGGAGACUACCAUUCUCUCACCUGUACCAUCCCCUGCAUUCUGAUAGAUAAUAAUCAGGUUGACUACUAGAGCUAACUGCUAACUACAACCAAUGGUUGAUGAGAUUAUUUCAAAAGGGGAUAAGUGGUUGGCCUUGGCACUAUGGAAAUUCACAACCACCAAGGAGCUUGCUGCUUGCAAAAUGAUGUUCUUAGGCAAGCCAACAAAUUUGAAUUUUAAAUUCAACUACUGCAGGAGCUCAUGUUUUCCAUUCCAAAGAAUUGGGAAGACUUUUGAAACAAGGAGUUGCUGAUGUUUAAAUGAGAUUUUUCUGUAAGCUAGAACUGGAAUGCAGAUGACCUCUGCUGAAUUAAGCAAGCUUGUAGUUUGACUAAAUCAAGCUGCACUUUUACAAGUUUUUCAUUUGGGAAAGCAGAACUUACCCUUCAACUUCAGGAUUAGUUCAAAGGUGAUUGAUCCAACAUUCCAAGUUCAAGCCUCCCUUUAUAGGCAAGAUCUUUCUUCAACAAGUAGAUGCUGGAUGCUUUGACAUUAAUGUUGCCUUUCAUGUGGGAGAUGAUGCUUCCAGUAUGAUGAGUCAGAAAUGAAUAAUCCAACAGUGUGUGCUGUGUUCUCUCUUAAUUCAUCCUAAAUCACAGCCAAGAUUGCAACACAAACACUGCUGCUUUAAUUGUCUGCUGCUUUACUUAACAAUGGGCUGUCUUGCAAAGUAGCUCCAAGAUCUAACGACUUGAUGAAAAAUGGUGGCGUUCACAAAUGUCAUAGUUGCAGGCUUGAAGCUAUAAUCUUCUACCCUCCAAAGAAUAUCUAAAUCAAGGACAAUUCAAGGAUAUAUAUGAAGAUGGAUGGAGUAAAGCUUUGAGGCAGCAUUAUGCAUAAAUCAUUUCAAGAUUCUUCUGUUGUAUGUAUCCAUCCAUCUGGUGUUGAGAGAACUCUUCAUGAACGCACACAUGAACCGCAUGGAUCUUGGACUCUGAAUGUACGAAGUCAGGUGUACUGUAAAUAACAGUUAGUGGUUGGUUUUGAUCAUCACUGUCAAAACAGUAGAGAGUGAUCAGUUGUAACAGUAGCAAGGUCACUAGAGGGGUUAUGGUUCUCCUAAAUGAUCAACAGUGAUUUGGUCUCCAAUUCCUCUUAGUGCACAGCACACUUGUUGAGAUAUGUCCCAAUUUGAUUAGAGAUUUUGACGUCCAGCUUUAAUUUGGUGAUGACUAUGACAUCGGUGAUCCAAGAAUUUACUCUUAAUGAUUUUUUGCUCUGUACUACCUUCGUAAUGUUUCCUAGAGUAGAAAAAACUUUCUGAUAAUAUUAUUUUUAUAGUGAAUGUUUUUUACUGGCUCCUUUCCACAUAAAAAAAUCUGCCAGGCUAAUUGGUCUUUUAAUUCUGAGCCUUGCAGCCAUGUCUGCUGUACAUGCAUCCAGAUGAAUCCAUGUGAAUCAUUGCCCUCCUGAAAUCCUCAAAUCAAUCAUCUAAGCAAAUAACUUCGAGUAGUUGGUUUACACACUCUAAUGUUGUAGCUUUCUUACCUUAUCACUGAUCUUUGCAGCGGUUGCACAGCACACACUACAAGAAAAUCCACAUUUAGUA